UGCAUGUAGUUAUCACUCACUCAAUUCGUAAGUGACGACAAUUUAAAAUUUCGAGUAGGGAAAUGGAGUACCAGGACUAUUUAAGAGAGCAGCUCACCAUUUUCCACUACCACUUACACUCUGACUUUGGAGUGCUGAUCAAGGUUGCCACUUGCGUGGCCUUCGGAGCCGUGUGCGGAUGGCUAAUGAGCCUGCUCACGUUCACCAUUUACAAGGUGGCAGUGCGGCUAGGAGUCCAGCCAUUGGCUUAUAAGGACGAGGAGGACGACGACCUGGACCUGGAUUUGGGGAACGGGUAUGAGCCCAUUCUGGGGCAGAGUCGGGAGGUUGGGGACUGGCUCGAGGCAAUAAGGACGCGGAGACCUCAGCCCAACGCUUAGAGCAGUAUGGGAUGGGACUUUAUCCUAUGUGCUCAAGCCUUCAAAAAUCAUUUGCAUUUUUCCUACACUUCCCUGGCUCUAAAUUCAACUACUCCUCGCCGUUUAAGCCAGCUUGUUUGCUCAGAACACGCCCCGGGCCCCAAAUAUUUAAUAAACCAUAUCGUUUCUGUUUUGAAAA